AUGGUACUUGUAUUUUUCAUUGUAAUUUUUAGCUAUCUAGCAGGGAUCUCACAAGGCCAACUAAGAGUUGGUUUUUAUGGCAGCACAUGUCCUAAUGUUGAGCCCAUUGUUAGUGCUGUUAUACGUGAAGUUGCUGCCUCCAACCAAAAUAUUGCUCCCGUCUUGCUUAGGCUUCAUUUCCACGACUGUUUUGUUCAGGGGUGUGAUGGAUCAAUAUUGAUAGAUAAUGGAGAUAAUGCAGAGAGGCAUGCAUUUGGACAUCAAGGGGUAGGAGGUUUUGAAGUGAUAGAAAGAGCCAAAGCACAAGUAGAAGCAAUGUGUCCUGGUGUUGUGUCUUGUGCUGAUAUUGUUGCUUUGGCUGCUAGGGAUGCUGUUGUUUUGGCGAAUGGACCUUCAUAUGAGGUGGAAACAGGAAGAAGAGAUGGAGUGAUAUCAAAUUUAUCAUUAGCAGAAAAUAUGCCGGACAUCAGCGAUUCCAUUCAGAUAUUAAAAGCUAAGUUCUUUGACAAAGGCCUCUCUGAGAAAGACCUUGUUGUGCUCAGUGCUGCACAUACAAUUGGUACCACAGCAUGUUUCUUCAUGACCAAAAGGCUUUACAAUUUCUUCCCUGGGGGAGGUUCUGAUCCAUCAAUAAAUCCCAGUCUCCUACCAGAAUUAAUGACUACUUGCCCACAAAAUGGAAACGUUAAUGUCCGAUUACCGAUAGAUCAAGGCAGCAGCGACGCUUUUGACAACCAAAUUUUGCAGAAUAUUAGGAAUGGUUUUGCUGUGUUACAAUCUGAUGCUAGCUUAUAUGAAGAUGUGGUAACAAGGAGUGUUGUGGAUUCUUACUUUGGGAUGUUUAGCCCAUUUUUAGGGAUAUCAUUUGAGGCUGAUUUUGCCAAUGCAAUGGUGAAAAUGGGUAGAAUUAAUGUGCUAACUGGCUUUCAAGGGACAAUUAGACGUGUGUGUUCAGCUUUUUGA